GAGCAGAAGAAACAUAGGUCUUUAGAGUAUGGACAUUUUUACUCAAUAUUUUUAAGUGGGGGUUUGCCUGCUUUAGCAUUCUGAUGGUUUUAUCAACAUGGAUGAUGAUGACAUAUGCAUUCAGUAUAACUAUUAUAUUGAUUUGAAUGCCAUAUCAGUUACAUUUCUCCAUAUUCAUCUCCAUUCCAAAUGAAGGGGGCUAUAUCUGUGACACUCACUCCUCUCGUUGCAUCUUUCUUACGCGCCAUACCUCUCUCCAUCUCUCCCCUCUUUCUCUCACUCGCUCGCUGUCUUCUCCUCUCACAUCUCCUGUCCUCUCUCUCCUUUUUUCACCUUGUGCUCAGGCUCUCUCAUUCUCUAAUUUAUUUAUAUUUUCUCUCUUUCAAUCUGCCUCAUCCAUUCUCUUUCCUUCUCCCUUUCCCCCUCUUUCUCUCUCUCUCUCUCUCUCUCUCUCUCGUCCUCUCUCUCUCUCUCUCGUCCUCUCUCUCUCUCUCUUUCUCGUCUUGGAGACAGUGCUGUGCUGCUCCCUGUCACUCUGCUCAGUUUACGGGCUCUGCUCUGCUCUCCCGUACUGUGCUGCUCUCCUCUCCUUUCCUCCUCUCCUGUUUGCUGCUCUCUUCUCUCCUCUUUCUCCAUAUCCUUUUCUUUGUUUUUUACUCUGUUCUGGAACGUAUGCUCCGGGUGGACUGGCAGACUGGGAUACUGGGAUACCGCAGGUGGAGAGAGGGCUGGAUGCUCCAGGCGUUCAGAACUCGGCCAUCGGAACCUGUGGAUCUGUGGGGAGGGGAGGGAGGGGUGGGGGAGAGGGAGAGUGGAAGGAGGGCACCCAGGUGAAGGAAGGGCUGAGCAGCCGGGGGACCAAGACGAAGGUGGUGGUCUGGUGUUAGGGGUCAUGCUCUGCCGGGAUCUGAGUUGUUCUAUUUGGCCGGAGACUCUGCUGCUUUGCCCCCUCCAAAGGGCUCUUUUCUUGGAAAAGCCGGGCGGGAGGAGCGGGAACCAUGAACCAGCAGCUGGAUGCUCCGCGGCCAAUCAACUGGACCAUUAGGAAACUGUGCGCUGCAGCCUUCCUACCAUCUGUACGCCUGCUCAAGGCACAGAAAUCGUGGAUCGAGAGAGCCUUCAACAAGAGAGAAUGUGUUCAUAUCAUAGUGAGUGCCAAAGACCCCCAUAGGCCGGUGUUUACAUCAUCUCAGAACAAAGGUUCCAGUUGUCUGCCCUCAGGGACUCCUGUCUGGACCUGUCACAUUUCAACUCCAUUAUGUCCAAUGUGCUGCUGUGGCCGUCUAAUUGGUCAGCACGUUGGCCUGCCCCCCGGCAUCUCCUCCAGUCAGAAUGACAAGACGGAGCGUCUGGCUAAGAAUGACAGCCUAUCAGAGAAAUGGUCAAUCAGCAAACACACCCAGCUCAGCCCCACCGACGCCUUCGGAACCAUUGAGUUCCAGGGAGGGGGCCACUCCAACAAAGCCAUGUAUGUGCGUGUGUCCUACGACACCAAGCCAGACCUCCUGCUGCACCUGAUGACCAAGGAGUGGCAGCUGGACCUUCCCAAGCUGCUCAUCUCGGUGCAUGGGGGCCUGCAGAACUUUGAGUUGCAGCCCAAACUCAAACAGGUCUUUGGCAAGGGCCUCAUCAAGGCUGCAAUGACAACCGGAGCCUGGAUCUUCACCGGCGGGGUCAACACAGGGGUGAUCCGGCAUGUGGGUGAUGCGCUAAAGGACCAUGCCUCUAAAUCUCGGGGGAAGAUCUGCACUAUUGGCAUCGCCCCCUGGGGCAUCGUGGAGAACCAAGAGGACCUGGUGGGAAAAGACGUGGUCCGACCAUACCAGACCAUGUCCAACCCACUGAGCAAGCUGACCGUGCUCAACAGCCUGCACUCACACUUCAUCCUGGCCGAUAAUGGGACCACAGGGAAGUACGGUGCUGAGGUCAAACUUCGCAGACAGCUGGAGAAACACAUCUCCCUGCAGAAGAUCAACACACGUAUUGGUCAGGGAGUGCCGGUGGUGGCUCUGAUAGUGGAGGGGGGUCCUAAUGUGAUCUCCAUCGUGUUGGAGUACCUGAGGGACACUCCGCCUGUCCCCGUGGUGGUGUGUGACGGGAGCGGGCGUGCCUCAGACAUCCUGGCAUUUGGGCACAAGUACUCCGAGGAGGGAGGGAUCAUAAAUGAGACUCUGAGGGACCAGUUGCUGGUGACCAUACAGAAGACAUUCACGUACAGCCGGACCCAAGCCCAACACCUCUUCAUCAUCCUCAUGGAAUGCAUGAAGAAGAAGGAGUUGAUAACUGUUUUUCGGAUGGGGUCUGAGGGACACCAGGACAUUGACCUGGCCAUUCUCACUGCUCUGCUUAAAGGAGCCAACGCAUCGGCUCCUGACCAGCUCAGCCUGGCCCUGGCCUGGAACCGAGUGGACAUCGCCCGCAGUCAGAUCUUCAUCUACGGACAACAGUGGCCUGUGGGUUCUCUGGAGCAGUCUAUGCUGGAUGCCCUGGUGCUGGACAGAGUGGACUUCGUCAAGCUGCUGAUCGAGAACGGAGUGAGCAUGCAUCGCUUCCUCACUCUCUCCAGACUGGAGGAGCUCUACAACACGAGGCAUGGACCAUCCAACACUCUAUACCACCUGGUCAGAGACGUCAAAAAGCAAGAAUAUCCAGGGUUCAGUUGGAUCUACUUCAAGGGUAACCUCCCACCAGAUUACCGCAUUAGUCUCAUUGACAUUGGAUUGGUCAUCGAGUACUUGAUGGGCGGAGCUUACCGAUGCAACUACACCAGGAAGAGGUUUAGAACGCUGUAUCAUAACCUCUUUGGACCCAAACGACCCAAAGCCCUGAAACUGCUGGGGAUGGAGGAUGACAUGCCGAUCCGAAGGGGUCGUCAGAAGACUACACGGAAGCGGGAGGAGGAGGUGGACAUUGACCUGGAUGACCCUGAGAUAAACCACUUCCACUUCCCCUUCCAUGAGUUGAUGGUGUGGGCCGUGCUGAUGAAGAGACAGAAGAUGGCACUGUUCUUCUGGCAGCACGGGGAGGAGGCCAUGGCUAAAGCCCUGGUGGCCUGUAAGCUGUGUAAGGCCAUGGCCCACGAGGCCUCUGAGAAUGACAUGGUGGACGACAUCUCACAGGAGCUCAACCAUAACUCCAGUGAGUUCGGCCAGCUAGCCGUUGAGCUGCUGGACCAGUCUUACAAGCAGGAUGAGCAGAUGGCCAUGAAGCUGCUAACCUACGAGCUGAAGAACUGGAGUAACGCCACCUGCCUUCAGCUGGCUGUGGCCGCCAAGCACCGCGACUUCAUCGCCCACACUUGCAGCCAGAUGCUGCUCACCGACAUGUGGAUGGGACGGCUGCGCAUGCGCAAGAACUCUGGACUUAAGGUGAUCUUGGGCCUGCUGCUGCCUCCGUCCAUCCUGAGUCUGGAGUUCAAGAACAAGGAUGAGAUGUCGUACAUGCCCCAGGACCAGGACACCUACCUGCAGGAGAAGGAGGAGGAGCCUGAGAAGCCUGCCAAUGAGAAGGAAGAAGAGGACAUGGAGUUCACAGUAAGAUCCUACUGUGAGACGCAGUACAACUCCGUGGCCAUGCUGGGUAAGGUAAGCACGGAGGCGUCUCGUAAGAAGGGCGUGGGGGAGGUCCAGAAUAGACACCGGCUCAUCCCCAUGGGCCGGAAGAUCUACGAGUUUUACAACGCCCCCAUCGUCAAGUUCUGGUUUCACACAAUGGCCUAUGUAGCGUACCUGAUGCUGUUCAACUAUAUUGUGCUGGUGAAGAUGGACCUGUGGCCCUCACCGCAGGAGUGGAUAGUCAUCGCUUACAUCUUCACCAAUGGCAUCGAGAAGAUGAGAGAGAUUCUGAUGUCGGAGCCGGGGAAGCUGUUGCAGAAGGUAAAGGUGUGGCUCCAGGAGUACUGGAACAUCACGGACCUCAUGGCCAUCCUCAUCUUCUCUGUGGGCAUGGUGCUCCGCCUCCAGGAGCCGCCCCUCAUGAGUUACGGCCGGGUCAUCUACUGCGUUAACAUCAUCUAUUGGUACAUCCGGCUGCUCGACAUCUUUGGCGUCAACAAAUACCUGGGCCCCUAUGUCAUGAUGAUCGGCAAGAUGAUGAUUGACAUGAUGUACUUUGUGAUCAUCAUGCUGGUAGUGUUGAUGAGUUUCGGAGUGGCCAGGCAGGCCAUCCUGAAUCCCAAUGAGGACCCAUCCUGGAUGCUGGCUCGGAACAUCUUCUUCAUGCCUUACUGGAUGAUCUAUGGAGAGGUGUUCGCUGAUCAGAUCGACCAUGUGCAUAGUAGGAAGCUAAAGCACAGGCUGAAUUCAAAACUCUGGAUGAUCGAAAAUCAGUUUCGAGCUCAUGGAACCUGGCGUAAUAAUGCUCCAUGUGGCCAGAAUAUCACCACAGAAGACGGGCAUGUUGUGGCUCUGCCGCCCUGUAAGACAGGAGCCUGGAUCGUUCCUGCCAUCAUGGCCUGCUACCUUCUGGUGGCCAACAUCCUGUUGGUCAACCUGCUCAUUGCUGUUUUCAACAACACCUUCUUUGAGGUGAAGUCCAUCUCCAACCAGGUGUGGAAGUUCCAGAGGUACCAGCUCAUCAUGACCUUCUACGAGCGGCCCAUCCUCCCCCCUCCCCUCAUCAUCUUCAGUCACAUGACCAUGGUCCUCAAGCACCUGUGCUGUCGCUGGCGGAAGCACGACGAUGACGAGAGAGACUAUGGCCUGAAGCUCUUCAUCACUGAAGACGAGCUGAAGAAAGUGCAUGACUUUGAGGAGCAGUGCAUCGAGGAGUACUUCCGCGAGAAGGAUGACCGCUUCAACUCCUCAAAUGACGAGAGGAUCCGAGUGACAUCAGAGAGAGUGGAGAACAUGGCCAUGCGCCUGGAGGAGGUGAAUGAGAGAGAACACUUCAUGAAGUCAUCACUGCAGACCGUGGACAUACGGCUGGCCCAGAUGGAGGAGCUGAUUGGUCGGAUCGCUGUGGCUCUUGAGCGAGUCACGGGGGUGGAGCGGGGGGAGGUCAACAAGGCCCGCUCACGCACCUCCUCGGACUGCACAGACUCGGCCUACAUGCUGCGUCAGGGUGAGUGCCCAGAUGCGGCUUACAUCCUGCGCCAGAGCAGCUUCAACAGCCAAGAGGGGAACUCCUACCGGCUCAAUGAGGGUGCAGAGGGCUCCAUGUCUCCGCCCUCCCCCACCGGCCUGGCCACGCGCACACGCAGUCACUCCUUCUACGUGGGCGGAGGUCGUGAGCGAGCUGGGGCCGACAGGGCCGAAAGGGCCGACCGUUUCCUCAAGGAGCGCUCCUUCAGCCUGCACCGAGCCAACAGCUCACAGUCGGUGGCCUCGGGUACCGCCCCCAAGGAGUCUAAGCCCCUCCCACUGGCCACGCUGUCCAUCUCCCAGCAGCACCGCCCCUCUUCCUGCAUCGACAUCUAUGUGUCGGCAUCCGAGGAGGCGGGGCCAGCCGAGGUCUUCUCGGAUCCGCUGAGGAUGGCCCCUCCCCUCCGGCACGACUCUUCGCUCCACUCUGAGAUUAUGGAGGCGGUGCUGUCGAGCGGGAGGGACUACAGCGGAGGCAGCGGUUUGGGCGACAGACACUCGGAGGGUGGUGCCGUGUUCGAGGACAGCGCGGCUACAGACCUGUCGCUAUGCUCCGCCCACCUUCUCCCAGAUAACACCAUGCCGACCUGGGACCUGGACCCCUCCCCGCCCCCGUCAGCGGGACCACUGGAGCGCUCCAAGAGCAGCCGCUACCUGUCCACUGGCGGCAGGGGCUACCUAGAAGAGACUCAGCUGGUCAAAUCUCACAGCCUCAUGUUUACACCGCGAGGCUGCUACGGAGGCUUAGGGGCAGGGGUUCAGGUCAAAGCGGCUGAGUACACCAGCAUCACCGACUGCAUAGACACCAGGUGUGUCUCCGCCCCUUACUCCACCGCAGAGCGCUCCCACUCCCCCGGAGGCUCCACCUCAUUCCCCUUCAAUAAGCCCCCGGACUUGGGCUCCUCCCACCCAGAGCGCGAGGCCGAGCUCAGCCACACAGAGUCAGACCCUGAAGACCCAGAGGACCUGGCCCCGGCCCCCGAGCCCCAUCGCAUGGGGAGGGGCUUAAGAGGGGCGAGUGGGACCCCAUUCUGCUCGCCCUUCUCCAGGCUGGAACGAGCCAACAGCUGCUCCUCAGACGACUCCUCCCACCCAUCAUUGGCCCCUCCUUCACACAGAAAAAGCCUGUCGGUCAGUGAGAGGAUGGAGAGGGGUGCAGACCGUGGGGUUCUGGGGGGACCCAGGAACCCCUUCCUGAGGAGCAAGUCUGGGGCACGGCCCGACACCAAGACAGACAGCCUCUCCAUGAGAAAACUGACCACCCCCUCUGCGUUCAGCAGCUUCGACAGUAGACACAACUACACGUGACAAUGAUGAAGAAAACAGGACAGGGACAGGGCACACUCUGUUAUACAGGACCAUAGGGCCAGCCAGGGGUAAAGGCAAGGGUCAUGGGGAGGGCUCCUACCAGUGUAAAACAAAGUGCUAUGAAGCUAGGGUAGUUCUUACCUCCUCCUGAAGCUGACUCUUGUUGUAUGUUUGGUGAUGGAGGGUAUGUGCCGUGUCUGUCUACCAUCUUUUUAGUCAAGUCAACACAUUGUUACUGCAAUGCAUCACAUCACAGAACACUAGUGUAGCCCAAAUAGAAAGUAUAAAAAUGAAAUCUCUGAUAGGACAGUUUAGUCAGUCUUUAGAAAAUAAUAAACUUGGCCACCUGACAAUAUAAGACUGGAAGUCAGAAUUGUCACCUCAACCCAAAUUUCCUCAGGUUCCCUAGUUUCCUCUUUGCCCUUAAACUGCCCAUACUCAUGGAUAUGACUCGAUACUUCUGUGCUUCCACCACUGAAAUAGCGUUGUCUUUUCACCACAGAAUAGCACUGCAUGCUACAACAAUAGCAGCAGUAGUAACCUCAUCCCCAGGGUAAUUGUACAUAUCACAUAUUUUUAUUUAUUUUUUAUUUCACCUUUAUUUAACCAGGUAGGCAAGUUUAUUUAUUUUAUUUUAUUUAACCGUUAUUUUACCAGGUAAGUUGACUGAGAACACGUUCUCAUUUGCAGCAACGACCUGGGGAAUAGUUACAGGGGAGAGGAGGGUGAUGAAUGAGCCAAUUGUAAACUGGGGAUUAUUAGGUGACCAUGAUGGUUUGAGGGCCAGAUUGGGAAUUUAGCCAGUUGAGUUGAACAAGUUCUCAUUUACAACUGCGACCUGGCCAAGAUAAAGCAAAGCAGUUCAACACAUAUAACAACACAGAGUUACACAUGGAGUAAAUCAAACAUACAGUCAAUAAUACAGUAGAAAAAUAAGGCUAUAUACAAUGUGAGCAAAUGAGGUGAGAUAUAAGCCUGAAACACCACCGACUCAAAUCUGACCUAUGUGGUAGUAAAAAAAUUAAAACUACAAAAACAUUUUUGAUCUUAGCGAAUCACACGACUGGGCGUUGUGAUUCGGAGGUGGAGGUGGGAAGUGCUCAGAGGGAGGUGAUUGAUUACAAAUAAAGCCAAUGGCUAUGGAUUAGGACUUUUUCCUGAUCUUUCUGUUGGGAUAAUGAAAGCCACGUUUGAGGCUUUGGUCCGCCAGACUGUCUAAGCAUGCAUACGCGGUCGCAAAACUCAGUCUGGGAACUCAGUUGGGGUCUCAACUUACUGUUGAGAGAUAGAAUACACAAGGUGCAAGUUCGAAAUUUGGUUGUGCAUCAGCAGUUUUUUUUUCUUGUUUUGUCAUUCACUGACAGUCACUCAAUUAGCCAUGUCAGCUAACAAUUUUUAGAUUGAUAAGUUAGUCUAGCCAGUUAUCUAAACAGGGCCCCUGGGCACGUGCCCAGGGGGCCUGACCUCCAGAGGGCCCACAUUGAUUUUGUUAGUCACGUUCACUCAGAUAUCAUUAACAUUGCAUAAAUCAUGGCAAAAUUGGUAGAAUUGCAGGAAAUUUGCUUUAAAUUGCAAAAAUGUAUCUCUGCCCAUGGCCAAAUGAGUAGAAUUGUAUGAAAUAUGUUAUUAAAUUGCAACAUUUUAUCUCCGCCCCAUGGCAAAAUGUGUAGAACGGCAGAAAACGUACUUAAAAACUGCAAAAUGGUAUUGCUGCCCCAUGGCAAAAUCAGUAGAAUGCACGAAAUGUGUUAUAAAUGUGCUACAUUUUCUCUCCGCCCCAUGGCAAAAUUUGUAGAAAAUUGACUUUAAAAUGACUAAAAUUAUCUCCACCGUGAAGAGGGGAGCCACUAAACAUUUUGCCCUGUGUCAGAGGGGGGGGGGG